AUGGUCAAAAUGCUUCACUGCUACCGCGAUGAGAACGAAGAGCGGUACGACGGCUCGGAGCACAUGGCCAUCCAUGGCGUUGACGUCGACUGGCCGAUCGCACCGGCACUGGCAGCGUCGCUGAUGGAGGCAAGCCCCGAGAAGACGACGCUCUUGCUCCCGCCGUCGGCCAUCACGUCGAGCAUCUACCUCGACCACUAUCAAUAUUCGUGGAGCGACACUAUUGAUGAACUGAAGCUCGACGCGAGCUACGUCUACGACUUUGCACAUUUCGCGAUCGAUGCCGUCGGGUCGGCUUCGGCGCUGAUGCCGACGUCUGCUUCGACACCGGCAACGUUUGCGACGCUGCUCUACUUUAUGCCGUCCGACUGCACUGGCGGUGCCGUCACCAUCACGUACGAAGACCGGACAACGACGUACGAGACUCUCAGCGGGCACGCGGUCGUCUUCUUCAACACGUGCCACGUCUCGGUCGCACCGAUCACAUCGGGCACCCGCGGCGUCUUUGUGCACCAUGUGAGCUACGAGGACUAUGACGGUAGCGACGACUGCUGGUACUUUGCGCCACCGCCGCUGCCGUCCAAGGCCGACAUUGACGACGCGAUCGAGAUGCUGCAAGAGCAAGAGUACUGCGUCGUCCACGUCGAGCUUGAAACGCGGACCGCCGCGCCACAGUAUGCGACGCUAACCGGUCGUGACAAGGCGGUCGUCGACUGGCUCGUGGGAGCUGAUAUCUUUGACAUGGCCUUCAUUACGGUCGGCGAUGCGACGAUGAGCCAGCGUUGGGUUCCGCCAACGGGAACAGCCAAGGGCCGAUGGGUGGACAACAAUGGCUCCGACCGCGGGAAGACCAUGCGGAAGUUUGUAUGA